AUGGCUUUCGUCCCCAGAACGGCCAUGCAGUCUGUCGGGCUUUCGCUCUCAUUGCUAGGAUGGGUUCUGGCCAUUAUUACAACCUAUCUGCCCCACUGGAAGACCCUCAACCUGGAACUGAACGAGAUGGAGAACUGGACCAUGGGGCUCUGGACAUCCUGCGUCAUCCAGGAGGAAGUGGGGAGGCAGUGCAAGGCCUUUGACUCCUUCCUGGCUUUGCCAGCCGAACUCCAGAGCUCCAGGAUCUUGAUGUCUCUGUCGAACGGGCUGGGGCUGCUGGGGCUGCUGGCCUCUGGCUGUGGCCUGGACUGCUCAAGGCUUGGAGAGACACAGAAGGGUCUGAAGAGGCGAUUGCUCAUCCUGGGAGGGCUCCUGCUCUGGACUUCGGGCGUGAUGGUCCUGGUUCCUGUCUCCUGGGUGGCCCACAUGACGGUUCAGGAGUUCUGGGAUGAGACCAUGCCUGAGAUUGUGCCCAGGUGGGAGUUUGGGGAGGCCCUCUUCCUGGGCUGGUUUGCUGGCUUCUGCCUUGUGCUAGGGGGGUGUCUGCUGCACUGUGCAGCCUGCUCAAGGCCAGCUCCUCCAGCCUCGGGCCACUAUGCAGUGGCAGGAUUUCCAGACCAUGGUUCAUACCUGGAAAACGGAACUGCACAGCCUGAAGUGUAA